GUUCGCAGCAUCACAGCGAUCACUCUCUGGAAAAUCAGGGAACACGCGGAAAUUUUUCAUUGCGCGCUCAGAUAUUUACUAAAACUUUGUGAUUUUUUGUGGGACUUUUAAUCAAGAGAGAAAAAGCUUCAAGACUUCAUAAUCAGUGGUAUAAAAUAAUCUAUUGUUUAGAUUUUUCACACACGCGAAAUCCUUCAGAAUGAAGACAGAGGACAAAGCCAACACUUCGAAGGUGCGAAUUGCUGUCCUGGGCCAAUGCAAUGUCGGCAAAUCAGCCCUGACUGUGAGAUACUUAACACGACGAUAUAUCGGCGAAUACAGAAGCAACACAGAUCUCCUGUACAAGCAAACCCUGACCGUGAACAACUCGGCGUUCGAGGUUGAAAUCGUCGAUGUUUCCAAUGGGGAAUUGAGUUUUCCGGAGGAAGCGAUUUACUGGGCGGAUGCCUGCGUCGUAGUUUACGACAUCACUUCGAGGACUUCAUUUACGCAAGCGUGUAACUUACUGCAACGAGUUCAACAAUUACGCAGUCAAUUGCCGAUGAUCUAUGUUUUAUUGGGAAAUAAGAGUGAUUUGGAACAUUUAAGACAGGUUGAGGAGGAUGAAGCUCGCACGCGCGCAAAUCAACAGAAUGUGCAGUUUUAUGAAUGCUCAGUGGCGGAGAAUACAGAUUCGAUUUACACAUCCUUCGAUUACAUCCUGAAUGAAUGCCGUGCACAUCAACAGCAGACGAAUAAGACGCGCAAAUUUUCGGUGUCGAAAAUGAUCGGCACUCUUAUUGGGAAUAAUGGAAAAGUUUCGCCGAAUUCACAACCGCAGAGUGGGACUGUCGUCGUGUGUCAUAAGUCUGAUUUGUACAAGUCGCGGAUCCUUAAACGACGCGCCAACUUUACGGCCACAGCGUCUCUAUGACCAGAAGAAAACGUCCGCUGAAUUUACCCACAACCAAAAUAUGCAACUAUAUCAAAAAUAAGCCAAAUAGACAAAGUCAAGGCGCAGAUGCAAUACUUCUCAGUUUUAUGAGAAGACAGAUGAUAAAUUUUUUGUUUCUUUUGUUUUCUUUUAAAAUAUUGAAGAUUUUAAUUACACAUUUAUUAAAUAUUUAAUUAAAAGUGAAUUGGCAUAUCACACUAAAAUAAUAUUUCAAUUUUUUAUUUAUUUUCUUUUAAUUUUUUCAUUUUUCUUGUUUUGUGAAUUAAAAUGUUUGUUUUGAGUGCUUGGGCGAUAGAAGGAAAAUUGGCUGUGAUAUUUAUCUAUUCAUAAUUACUGUAUUUGAUAAAUACUCAUAUAUAUUUAUAAAUGAAUUCACGAAUCAAUGAAGAUGCGAGCAGAAACGUUACGAAUUGCCAAAACAAAAUAAUAAUGUAAGCUAUACACGUGUAAUAUUAGGACUUAGUCUAAGUUUUUCAAAAGCGUAGUUUAAGAAAUUAUAACUUUUUAUAUUGUAUCAAAUGCCAAAUAUUAAAUAUGCAAAUUGUUAUGUAAAAAACAUGCAUGGUUUCAUACCAUAUUUGAUGAACUUUUUGUCCUCGUGAUGAGAAAUGUACAAAAAUGUCUGAAAUAUCAAAUAUAAUAAGUGUAUGAUAAA